AUGGCUACUAAUACUACAGGCAUCGACAUUUUUGAUGAUCCAAGUCAUGUUUUUUAUCUCAGUAAUUCUAACAAUCCUGGCAUCGUCCUUAUUUUGAAUCUUUUGACUGAAACCAACUACAAUACAUGGAGCCAAUCCAUGGUUGGCUUCAUUGAUGGUACCAUAUCCAAACCCUCUAAUACUUCUUCUUCUGAGUAUCGACAAUGGAAUCGUUGCAAUAAUAUGGUAAAAGCAAGGCUUCUCAACUCUCUUUCAAAUGAAAUUUAUGCUAGUGUUCUCUUUCGUGAUUUUGCUCGAGAUAUCUGGAUAAAUUUGAAGGAGCAUUUUUCUCAAGUUAAUGGUCCUAGCAUGUAUCAUAUUGAGCAAGAAAUCCAUAAUCUUGUUCAAGGUAAUACGUCUAUGGCCACCUAUUUUACAAGGCUGAAAUUGCUAUGGGAUGAGCUAUCUUCUCUUUAG